CAACCUCAUGGUUCCUGGUCGGAUUCGUUAACCACUGAGCCACGAUGGGAACUCCUUUACAAAAUUUUAGUGGCUGCCAGAGUUUAGGGGAUAGAGGAGGGUGAAACUGCAAAGGGGCAGCAUAGGGAGCUCGUGGGGUGAUGGAGCUGUUGUGUGUCCUAAUUUCUGUGGGGUUACACACAUCUAUACACAUGUCAAAAUUCACAAAGCAGUGCACUAAAAAAAGUCCAUUGUAUGUGUGCUGAGAUAAAAUUAGCAGGCAUACUGCCUCAUUGCAAUUAUUAUUGCUAUUAUGGUUGGAUUUUUUUCAGGUUUUAGUUCCACAUUUUAUCUCAACUGCCUCGUUAUGCUUAAAUUAUGAUGUGACGAGCAACACUGCAGGCCCCAAAAGCACGAACUAGAAGGAUCCUCCUUUAUUGACCUACCACCUCCUCCAGCUUUUAGGGAAGAGACCCAGUCAGCACCUCCCUCCUCAGGGCCCGCUGGGCAAAACUACUGCUUUCUUAGAGGAAGCACAGGGAUCCCAGAGCCAGGAGCAGGCGCUGGCAGGUGACCUUUGGGUCUGCCCAUGGUGAUGCAGGCGGCACAGGCACAGGCCAGGCGACCAGGGUGUGCUGGCCCUGCUCCUGUGGCUUCUCCCCCUUUGUGAUUCUGAACCGCACAGGACAGCGCAGAGCUGGGCUGCAGAUGCAGGAUGACCUUCUGGGCUGGCUGGGCCCCUAUCUCCCCUCGAGUCUGGUCAGGCUGUGGCCACCGCCCCCUCUAAGGCCCAGCAGGGGUGGCCAGCAUGAUAGCCCCUCACCCCAGGGUCACUGCCUCUGAUAAGAGCCCCCUCCCCUCUCCCAGCCCCUGACCACCGCCUGGCCCCCACCCUGGCUGCCCGUAUAUAAGGGGACCACGGGGGCCCAGCACCACCGACGCCAGCUCUCAGCGCGCCCAGCUCCAGACCCGCCGCUGCCACCAUGUCUCUGACCAAGGCCGAGAGGACAAUUAUCACGUCCAUGUGGGGCAAGAUCUCCAGCCAGGCGGACACCAUCGGCACGGAGACCCUGGAGAGGCUCUUCGCCAGCUACCCCCAGGCCAAGACCUACUUCCCGCACUUCGACCUGAACCCGGGCUCGGCGCAGCUGCGCGCGCACGGCUCCAAGGUGCUGGCGGCCGUGGGCGAAGCGGUCAAGAGCAUCGACAAUGUGUCGGCCGCCCUGGCCAAGCUGAGCGAGCUGCACGCCUACGUGCUGCGCGUCGACCCGGUCAACUUCAAGUUCCUGUCCCACUGCCUGCUGGUCACCUUGGCUUCGCACUUCCCCGCCGACCUAACGGCCGAAGCCCACGCCGCCUGGGACAAGUUCCUGACCAUCGUGUCCGGCGUCCUGACCGAGAAGUACCGCUGAGGCCGCCGCCAGUCCCCCCAGACACGCUGUGACCCCUCCCUUUCCCUGGAGCCCUCCCACGUUUUCACCCGGGACUCUCAAAUAAACGAAUGGAGACCGAG